AUGGCCGUCGGGCCACCGACGGGAGGAUCUGGUAAUCCUCCGCAUCCGGCACCACCGGUACAACCGCAUCCUAUUCUCGCGCCCAGUCCGCUCUUUGCCUUACCGACGCUUAACUUUACCGCGUCGCAAGUUGCGACCGUUUGCGAAACGCUGGAAGAAUCCGGUGACAUUGAGCGGCUGGCCCGGUUCCUAUGGAGCCUGCCGGUCGCCCAUCCGAACGUGACCGAGCUCGAUCGGUCCGAGGCGGUGCUGCGGGCACGGGCGAUCGUGGCGUAUCACACGGGACAUUUUCGGGAACUCUACACGAUACUGGAACGACACAAGUUUACGAAAACAUCCCAUGGUAAACUGCAGGCAAUGUGGCUGGAGGCGCACUAUCACGAGGCGGAAAAGCUGCGUGGACGACCGUUGGGGCCGGUCGAUAAGUAUCGCGUCCGGAAGAAAUUUCCGCUUCCGCGUACGAUCUGGGACGGUGAGCAGAAGACGCAUUGCUUCAAGGAGCGAACGCGCAGUUUGUUGCGCGAAUGGUACCUUCAGGAUCCGUAUCCGAACCCGACGAAGAAACGCGAGCUGGCCCAGGCAACCGGGCUCACCCCGACACAGGUGGGAAAUUGGUUUAAAAACCGACGCCAGCGGGACCGUGCGGCAGCAGCGAAAAAUAGACACAACCAGCCACCACUGUCGGGAUCGGGAUCAUCAUCGCUGACGCCCAGACGGGGCGAUGGGCCACUGUCACCGACGGACACGGACUCCGAUUCGGACAUUUCGCUCGGUACCCACUCACCAGUUCCUAGUAUGUCGAUGCAGCACAGUCCCAGCUCACUGCCCGGCUCUAGUGAGGACCGGCUGCAUGAUGAGCGCGAUCGGGAGAAGGACUUCCGGAACAGUUUCGCCUCGCUGCAUUCCUUCCGCUUUGGCGAUCAUCUCACUGGCGGUUUGUUACCUGGUUCGUUCAACAGUAGAUUCAUGCCUUAUCGUCUGGGCGAUCAUUCGCCACCGAUCAACACCCACUCACCCCCGAUCGGUUUGACACACCUGCCUCUCACUCCUACCGUGCUCCGACCACAGCCUCACCUGCCCCACUCGCUGGCCGUCAGUGCGGCGUCCCUGAGCGCAUCCGGCGUGGCGAGUGCCGGCGUCCUCACGACGGUCGUCAGCAUGAGCGAUUCGCCCGGUAGCAAUAGCAGUGCCACGACCGCGUCCCUCACGAACAUCCCUGCCCCGGCGAGCGCCACUACCCCUACCCUGUCCGGUGGUACGGCGAGCAGUUCCCUGAAGGAUCUGCAGCAUCCCAGCGAUUUAUCGUCGAGCGAUCACCGUCCCGGGACGCCCAGCUCGGUCGGUAGCAACAACAAUAACAACAGUGCCAGUGGUGGUACCCCGACCACUACCGCCCCGAACGGAAACGGGAACGCAACAGCCUCCUUAAUGCAGCCAAUGUCUCCGCUGAGAAUACGGGUCAGUUCGCCGUCGCGGUUGAAUGCGGAACUGCUGCAUCACACGGCGGCGGCGGCUGCGGCAGCCGCAGCGGCAGCAGCUGCGGCUGCCUCCAACCAACCCCCACAGCACCAUUCGUUGCCCCUGCUGCAUCCGCACCACCCGCUGCACGUGCAUCAUCCCCACGCGCACCUUCCACACCAUGCGCAUCAGACGCAUGCUCAUCACCAUGCGGCCGCACUGACGGCGGCCAGCAUGAUGAACGGACUGAAUGCCAGCGGCAUCGUCCGGAUCGUACCGGGCACCACCACAACCUCGCUGAUCCAUCGGCCCUUCUCACCGUCCCCCAAGCCGAAGGAAGCGUCGUGAUAAAUGUCGGCACUGUGGUACGCAGAACCGCCAAAGCAGGACCGACCACUGACGCGUGACGGGGCGUUGACAGGAGAUGAAAGGGUUUAAAAAGUGUCACCUUGACGUAGCUAAUGGAGGGGCACACCAGUAGCAGCAAUACUAACAGCAACGCUGACAAACGCGCGUCUAGCAGCUAGAGGAAUGUAUGUAACUAUGGUAACGCAAGACACGCAAGGUUUCCGCAACGGACACUUCCGAAAACAGACGCGAGUGGGGCGUUGGGUGCAAAUGACACAGCAGGCCAAAAAUUGUGCAGUACGAACAGCGUGUGAGCUUCUAGGUUUCCGCUUACAGCAAGCUGAUGCGAGCGCGAUGCAUGAUGGAGCCGUUUUUGUCGUUUUUGACGGGAAAUUAGAAUCUCUUUUCAGUGGCUUCCUAAAUCAAUCACUUUCCUCGACGGUACAGACAGGGCAAAUACGCUUAUAAAUAUGUUUGGCUUGGUAGUAAAGUAAACGCUGUAAGGGUUUUAGUUAAACUUUUCAUCAUUUCACCGAUCGUUUCGUGCAGGACGCAUAAUAAAGUGAAGUUUUUAGAACAUUGCAAGAUUGGAUAUCCAUUUUUAAUACUGAACAAGGCAGUCAAUUCAAAAAGGGAUGAUUUUCAGCGAUUGCCAACAUUUUACCAUCGAAGCAGCACAGAUACUUUUUCCUCCUCUGCGUUUCCUCGCAUACGAAAUAUAUGUGGUCGGGGAGUGGGGAGAGUAUAUAGAGCUUUAGUAUAUACACCUUUCGGCUCCGGUAGCCGCAUACUACAACACGCUCAGUACGAUAACUUCAGAUUUAGCACAUGCGCGGUAGCGCACACGAAUGGCGCUGUAUCCGCUUCUUUUCCAUGUUGGUUGGCACAGUUUCCAUGUUCGCCCAGUAUGUGUUUGUGAUGCGUUCGGUUCGGCAAACGUUGAGGAAAUGAAGAAAAUUUCAUUUCAACGACCAAAUUCUGUGAAACAUCCACACGUUAGGACAUAUUAGGAGGUGUAUUAGUACAUUGAAUAAAACAAAUGUUUAGAAAGCGCAAUAAUACAAAUUCUUGUUAUUAUAAAUGGUUUACUCUUGAUCAUUUUAAUUAUUUACU